CAGGCCCAGUUCUUUUUGUUUUCUCUAUAAAAACCAUACCAACCAUGUUUCUGUGUCUGUCUUUAAUCUUCCACUAUUGCACAUUGGCCGCUUCCUAUUUUCCAUGGGUUCCUGUCGGCUAUCUUGGACAGAAAGACGGACACAUUUUUGAACUCCACAAAAGUCACCACCUGUUACUGGUGAGAGACAGAGGUUCCUGCUACUUCAUCCGGGCAACAAACUCGCUCACGUCGAGACUCACUAAUGAUGGACAAGUGCUGCAGAUACAGGACGACAUUUUGAAACAGAUUCGUCAUCACGUGGGUAUAGAACGUGCGGGACUCGUGACGAUAUCACAGGAGUACACCGACGCCAUGGCAACGUCAGAGUGUGUGGGGAGACAACUCUACUUGAUGCGUUAUCACCAUUCCGGAAUUACGCAGGCCAGACAUGGAGACACACAUCACUGGCAGCCCUGGUGGAGUGUCGGUGUUGUUCUGCCGGUGUGAACGUUGUGUAAGUUGUAUUGAGAGAAUAAACAACAACAAAACAACAAUA